UUGUGCUGAUCUAAACAGGUCUCACGAUUCUCACGAACUGUUCGUGGACAUUUCACAGUACUUGGAUACAGCUCUAGACGUAGACGAGGAGGAUGACGGAAUGGCAGACAACUUAAGUGGUCAGGAGUCCGACGAGGACAUGAGGAAGGACAAGGCGAACAUUCGCCUGACCAACGGUUGGCAUGACGACCAAGAUGAGCCCAGUUACAAUGUCAGUUACACACCAGGGAAGAAAGGCGGUCAUUUUGGCCUUCCUAUGGGAGGCCUGCUUACAGUACCGGCCGGACUACUUGAGAAAGACUUUGUCACGUGUCACGUGGCAAGUCCCUCCGAGAGGUGGCGCUUCUGUCCUAACUUACCGUCCAAUGAGCGCGCCAUAAGCGAGAUAUUUACACUGACGUCAUCACAUCGUCUGCUAAAGAAACCGAUGGUUCUGCAGAUACCUUACUAUCCCGUUGAAUUAGAAUAUAAUGAACUGAAUGUGAAAGGACGAUGGGACGGAGAAAUUGAUUGGACAGAUAUCGGAUUUAUUCAAAAGGAGGGAAGCAGAAGGCCAUCCGUGGAGAUAGAGGCUGACCGAGUGGGCACAUUCGUUGUCACCCUGGCGCCAAAGAAGGAAUUGUUUGAGAUUCCGUCCCAAGGCUGUUUGUAUAAUGCAAGGAUAAGCCGUUAUAUCAGCGUCAGGUUCCCAAAGAAAGCUGUGGACUCGGACAUGACUUGCUGCCUACAGAUUAACACCAUUCCACCAGAGAAAAUAACCUUAGCCAAAGAACAGCGCCCUUUGCAGUGUGGUGAUCUUGAGAAGGUGUCAGAGUUCAUCGACGUCCUACCAGACGAACCCCGCACCUUCCGGCGGGCGGCCUCUAUCAAGCUCCCUCUACCGGGAGGAUUGGACAGCGAAAACGAUGACACAUCCGAUGUGGCAGUUUUACAGAAGAAUGGCAAUUCAUGGGAAAUCCUCGACACCAACUACAGAUUCACCAAAACUACUGUUACGUUUGACGUCAAACAUAUAUCUAGAUUUUGUGUAGCACAAGCCAAACCAGGGCGUCAUUUAAAACUGAAAGAAGCCAUAACGGUGCUAGAAGAAAGGACGAAUAAACUGAAAGGCGAAAUCAUGGUGUUUCUGUCACAAGAGAAAAAGUGCUGGAUGUUAAUAGUUGAGGUAGUUCCUGAGGACGAGGCUGGAGAGCGAUCGGACUUCCGGAAAACAAAAGGAUUUCGCAGAUUACAGAAGGAAAUCAUUGCAAAACCGGAACCGGAAGUGUUUCGUUUUUCCCGGCGGUCAGCUGCCAAACAAGUGAAGGCGAAGGAACCCGAGCCACUGAUUAUUCACGACGGGAUGAGAUGGACGGUAGAGGUGAAAGAGGACUUACGGGUGGCCGGAGACAGUGACAUGACCGAGGACUCUACUGUCCAGUACUUUGAGGGAUUGCGGGAGAGCUACAGACGCUUCAAGGUAGAACCAACCACAGAUGAAGAGCGGGAACUUUCUGGACUUGUCUCUAUUGUUCCUGUUGAUCCUAAGUUCAGAGACAAUGCUUCUUUCCAAUUCAAAAUAUCCAUAGACGAAAACGACGUCAAAGAAUAUUUCAAACCAGAUUACAUUCCUCCUCCCACCCCCGUUAAAGUGGAGAUAGAUCCUGGUAUUGUUCCUAUCCCGGAGGAGGUCAGUACAACUAAGACCUCAGAGCCAGCCGCGCCCAAAUUCAAACCUCUACCUAAAGACGUCAUGGACAGACUCACCCGAUCUAACAAACGACCCGUCAUAUUGGAGAAGGAGUCCAAGGUGUUGACAGGUAAGAGCUUGAUGGCCUUAGCUAAGGUCGUCCAGGAGGGGCUAACCCUGGCAGUACACCUGGAUCUCCCAGACAGCACCAUCACAGGUAUCGGCUUUGACGCGCUGUCUAACGGCCAUGGCAUGGUGGACGUCACCUACAAAAUCCUGCUGCACUGGAAACGCCAACUGAAGGACAAAAAAGACGCGGCAGUGGAGCAACUGUGCCUGGCACUAAGAGACAUGGGUCGCCAAGGUGCGGCCAUGGCAGUACUAGAGAGGCACCGAGAUAACAAAGAACUGGACAUGUCCUGCUUCGAAAUCACAUCCGUGUAGAUCUAUAACCUUACCUCUAAUUAGCAAUAAACAAACAUCUUGGCAUAUGAAUAUUUUGACAUUACAACACGCUGUGCUAUUAACUGUACACAGAACAUUUGACAACUGACCCAACCUGUGCGUGUAUGGAAUUGUAAGUGCAAUGACGGCAUACAAUUUAGCUAUGUCGUGACUUUUAUGGCGCGUUGUUGUGGUAACGAUGUUAAAAUAAUGAAAGUAUGUUUACAUAUUUGUUUCUGGAAAAGUUUUUUAUUUUUGUAAAUAUCAUUGUGCAGUUGGCCUUAUAACUGAUCCGUCCCGUAAUUUUUGUGGAUCGUAGUACUGCUGAUGAAUCAACGACUUAUCCCCAGAUAGCUUGUAGUUUGAAAUCUGUCCAUUCCCUAAGAGUUCUGGAUAUGUACAAAGCCAUUAAAUAUUUAUAUCACAGAAUGCAUGAGUGAAUAUUGUCUUUUCCGAGCCAGUAUUACAGGAUGUAAAAUACAAGUUUGACAAGUAGCAGUACAACCAUAGAAACCCCUGUACAGAGACGCAGAACAAUGGUCAUAAAGGGAAGUAACCCAGUGUGCUGUUUUUACGCCUGGGUAAUGCGGAGAGUGGACAGCUGUAAAGAACUGAGAUAACUUAAUAUAUACAGCUUGUAGUUGCAAUAACUAUCGCUGCAAUCUUACUGUACAUAGCCCAGUUCUGGCAAGGAUGUUUAUGACUACAUGCGUAAAGAAUUUUUUAAUUUGGUAAUUAUCUCUUGUUUUUGCUGCUGUGUUGGCAUAAUAGUUUAUUUUUUGUCUAUAAAUAAAUGACUUGAA